AUGGAUUAUUUAACUACAAAUUUCAAUACAGAGCUGAUGGAUAUCAACUUUACAGCUCCAUUCAGAUUGAUGAAUUUACCUUUGGAAAUUAUUAUCAAGAUACUCAUAUUCUUGGAUAUUCCAGACUUGGUUAGUCUAUCAAGGACUUGUACAUUGUUGAAAAGAUUGGCUAAUGAUAAUUUCAUAUCAAGUUCAAGAUUUCUUUAUACAAGGGAUAAAAUUGGUAUUUCAAUUCAAAAUAGACCUACAGUGGAUUCACUAUAUUCAAGACAUAUAAUACCCAUUAGAUCACCUAGUUUCAAUCCAAACCAAUUGUUGAUUGUGUCAAUGCUGACUAAAUCUAUUGUUAAAGAUAAUUUGAAAAAAAAUUUACAAAAAAGACCAAGUUUAAAAGAAUUAAAAGAUAAAAACAUUGUCAAGGGACAAACUACUGAAUUUGUUCAAUCUAAAAUUAAAGAAUUUAAGAAGCAGAAUCUAUCAAGUAUGUUGACAGUAUAUGUUAAUUCUUAUAAAUUUCAAAAAAAAACCAAUUCUUCAACUUCAAUUAUGAAUGAAGAAGAAUAUAGUUCAAUUUUAGGUAAAUUUUAUUCAAAUUUAAAAAAAAUUCCAUCAACAUUGAAGAAAGCAAAAUCUCAAGAUUCAAUAACAACAUCAAUUGAUAAUAAUACAAGUACGAAAUUUUUAAAUCAUUUUGAAAAUAAAGAUGUUUCCAAUAAUAAACAUUCUAAAAGAUCAAUUUCAUUAGAUUCAAAAGUUUUUUCCAAAAAGCAAUAUUUUGAAAACUUGAUUCAAAAAAAUGAACACCAUGAAAAUGUUGAUAAUGAUGAAUCAAUAACUAGUUUGAAGAAGUCGAAACCACCUAGUGCAAUUAGAAAACCUUCAAGAACAUUAUUGAGGGCUUCUAUUGUUAAUGAUUGUAAGAUAAGUUAUGAAAAGGUGUUUUGA